AUGGACGUCCUCAGGGCGGAGAUCGAGCGGAAACGAAAACUGAUGGAGGAGAAGGAGCUGGUGGCGGGAAAUAAAAAAUACUUCAAACGCAGUGAGCUAGCCAAGAAGGAAGAAGAGGCAUAUUUUGAAAGAUGCGGCUAUAAGCCUGUAAACAAGAAGCCACCGGGAAAGGUACAACAGAACGAAGAGGAGGAGGAGAAGAAAAUGGGGUCAUCCAAUCCAGUGUUGGAGUUAGAGCUGGCAGAGGAGAAGUUGCCUAUGACUCUUUCUAGGCAAGAGGUCAUUAGGCGGCUAAGAGAAAGGGGUGAGCCUGUCAGGCUGUUUGGAGAAACGGAUUAUGAUGCCUUCCAGCGGCUGCGAAAGAUCGAAAUUCUGGCUCCAGAAGUGAACAAGGGCUUGAGAAAUGACCUGAAGGCUGCCUUAGAUAAGAUCGACCAGCAGUAUCUGAACGAGCUUGUCGGCGGCCAGGAGCAAGGAGAAGACGAUACUCAGAACGACCUCAAGGUCCAUGAAGAGAACACCACCAUUGAAGAACUGGAGGCUUUGGGGAGAUCUUUAGGGCAAGGCGAUGAUCAUAAAGACAUGGAUAUCAUAACCAAAUUCUUGAAGUUCCUUCUUGGAGUCUGGGCUAAGGAUCUGAAUGCCAGAGAGGAUUACCUGAAACGUGGGGUGCAGGGAAAGCUGAACAGCGCCACUCAGAAGCAGACAGAAUCAUACCUGAGACCUCUGUUCAGGAAACUUCGGAAAAGGACUAUUCCUGCUGACAUCAAAGAAUCAAUAACUGAUAUUAUCAAGUUCAUGCUACAAAGAGAGUAUGUGAAGGCCAACGACGCCUACCUCCAGAUGGCUAUUGGCAACGCUCCCUGGCCCAUAGGCGUCACUAUGGUGGGCAUCCAUGCCCGAACCGGUCGAGAAAAGAUUUUCUCGAAGCAUGUGGCCCAUGUGUUGAAUGAUGAAACGCAGAGGAAGUACAUCCAGGGCCUGAAGAGGCUGAUGACCAUUUGCCAGAAGCACUUCUCAACAGACCCAUCCAAAUGUGUGGAGUACAAUGCAUUGUGACGAGUCGUUGUCCCUGCCUAGGAGAGAGG